GAGCAUUACACAACACUGGCCAGAACACGCUCGAGCACUUUUACAAAAUAAAAUGCAAUACGAAUAAUCCGUUAACAAUGCCAAUUAUUGUUAUUUCUGGCCUGCCGGCAAGCGGCAAAUCAACACGAGCCCAUCAGCUGCAGGAGUACUUUGUGGCUAGGGGCAAAAAGGUGCAUCUAAUAAGCGAAAAUGUGGCCGUGCCCAAGGCGCUGUUCGAGAAGAACGCCUUCUUUGGCGACUCGCAAAAGGAGAAGGUUGUGCGCAGCGAUCUCAAGUCGGAGGCGUCCAGGCAACUGAACAAGCAGGAUGUGAUCAUACUCGAUGCGGGCAACUAUAUCAAAGGCUUUCGCUACGAGCUCUUCUGCAUGACAAAGGCGGCGCGGACCACACAGUGCACGGUGUUCACCUGUAUACCGCAGGAGCAGGCCUGGGCAUUCAAUAUGCAACGCAGCGAGCCGGAUCGAUUGGAUCCAGCAGCAUCCAGCGAACAGCCGCUAAACAACUCAAAUGUGCCCUACACCCGCGAGAUUUUCGAUGCGUUGUGCAUGCGCUACGAGGAGCCGCACAGUAAUAGCCGCUGGGACAGCCCCUUGUAUGUGGCACUGCCCGAGGACAGCAUCGAUUUGGAGGGCAUCUAUAAGUCGCUGUUUGAGACACAACCCUUGCCGCCCAACCAGAGCACACAGAACCCGCCUUUGGGUGCUACGAAUUACCUCUUUGAGCUGGACGUUAUCAUGCAGGAUAUCAUUAAGGAGAUAUUGGGCGCUGCCAAAAUUGGCGCCUACGGACAGCUGCGCAUCAAGGGCAGCACCACAAAGGUCAAGGUAGCCACAUCCAUGAAUCCCAUGCAGCUGAAUCGCUUGAGGCAAAAGUUCAUAACGAGCACUUGCCGGGCCAGCCAGACGACGCCGGCGCCGCUGGAGCAGGUGCCGCAAUUAUUUGUGCAGUUCAUCAAUGCCAACACGACAGGUUGUUAGUGCAAUUGAGCAAGGUUAUUUAAAGAAUUAAAGAAUAUCUUUUCAAA